CCGCAGGAGGAGGCGGAGGCGGAGGAGGCGGAGGCGGUGGCCGUCCCCGGCCGCUCCUCCCGCUCCGCCGCUUGGGACGCUCUGCAGAUGGCCAGCCCGGCCCCGGCGCUUGCCCAGCCGCCGCAGCCGCAGCCACAGCCGCAGCCCGCCUUGGCCGAAGCCCGGCGCUGGAUCGAGCAAGUCACCGGAAAAACUUUCGGCGAUAAACAUUUUCGAUCAGGAUUAGAAAAUGGCGUGCUGCUGUGUGAGUUGUUGAACUCUAUAUUGCCCGGUUUGGUCACAAAGAUCAACAGAUCGCCAACUCCCAUUGCAGGACUGGACAACAUUGCCUUGUUCUUGAGAGGUUGCAGGGAAGUGGGUCUGAAAGAAUCUCAGCUGUUCGAUCCAGGAGAUCUACAGGAGACCACAAGCCGAACAACGAUCAAGAAUCUUGAUGGUAGCAGAAAGCUGAAAAACGUUUUAGUCACCAUCUAUUGGCUGGGGAAAACUGCAAACAACAGCACUCACUUUAAUGGACCGCCACUGAAUCUGAAAGAAUUCGAAGGAUUGUUAACCCAGAUGAGAAAGGACACGGAAGACAUUGAGAGCCCGAAGCGCAGCAUCCGCGACAGCGGCUAUGUAGAUUGCUGGGAUUCAGAGCGCAGCGAUUCUCUCUCCCCUCCGCGUCAUGGCAGAGAUGAUUCCUUCGACAGUCUGGAUUCCUUCGGGUCCCGUUCCCAGCAGACCCCUUCUCCAGAUGUGGUGCUGAGAGGGAGUAGUGAUGGAAGAGGAAGCGAUUCGGAGUCUGACCUUCCACAUCGAAAGCUGCCAGACGUGAAGAAGGAUGAUAUGUCGGCCAGGCGGACCUCUUACAGCGAACCCAAAUCAGUCGUGCCUUUUAACCAAUACCUUCCCAAUAAAAAUAACCAGACUGCCUAUAUCCCGGCUCCACUCAGGAAGAAGAAAGCCGAACGGGAUGACUUCCGGAAGAGUUGGAGCACGAUGUCAUCUCCACUAGGAGGAGAGAAACCUUUCAGAUCCGGCUGCAGAACCCCUGUCUCUGAUGAUGCAGAGAGCGCGAGCAUGUUUGACAUGAGAUGCCCAGUAGAGGGUGCUGUGAAUCAACCUCACAGUAAAGAUCGCCACGAAAAGCUUCAGAUCAUUCAACACCAGCUGAAGGAAGAGGAAGAUCAGUGGCAAGAUGAUUUAGCCCGGUGGAAAAACCGUCGGAGGAGUGCUUCCCAGGAUUUGCUGAAAAAAGAAGCCGAGAGGAAAAAGAUGGAGCAGCUACUCACUGGAGGAGAGGGAAGCAACGAGAGACGGAAGAGCAUCAAGACGUACCGAGAGAUUGUGGAGGAGAAAGAGAAGCGUGAAAGGGAACUUCACGAAGCUUACAAGAAUGCCAGGUCUCAGGAAGAGGCAGAUAGGAUACUCCAACAUUACAUCGAGAGGUUCACCAUUAGCGAAGCUGUCCUUGAACGCUUGGAGAUGCCAAAACUUUUGGAAAGAAGCCAUUCUGCUGAGCCAAAUUCAUCCUCCCCAUCCAAGGACUCCAACCCUCUCCGAUAUUUACGGCAGCAGUCACUCCCAGCCCCAAAAUUCACUGCCAAGUUCGAAGCCACCAUCAUCCCCACCAGUGGGCCAGAGGCUAGCACCUCCACUGGCUCCCCCGCCUCAAGCAAACCCUCAGGCUCCGUGGCUAUGCCUCUGGUGACGCCCAAGCCUUACUCGCAGCCGAAAGAUACCCAGGAGAUUUUGAGAAACUUCAAGGUGGAUGGAAAGAUCUCUGUGAACAGAGAAGCGAGCAACGGAGUGGAAGACGAACCAGACAAGGAAUGCUCGGCCUUUCUGUUUGAACCUUCCCCCAACCUUUCAACUAAGUCUGAGCACGUGGUCGAAUCACACAGGGGAUCUAUGGAAGGAAGCGCAGAUUCUACCCCUCCCGAGCUGGUUCAGAAGAGCUUAAUCGAAGACAAUGUACACAGAGAGCAAAUUGACUCCUUCACGGAAGAAGCUGAACCAGCCAGCCGAAAAGAUAGAACUGAUCUAGAAGAGACCUUUCUGGAUCCAGCCCACACAGAAUCCAGCAUGUUGUUUUCCUGUGCCAACCUCCUGCCGGCCAGCCUGGAGAGGUCUUCCUUCCACAAUCAUUCCAACGAAACAGAGUCACAUCCUGAGCUGAAUUCAACUCAAGAAGCAGAAACCCUUGAAAGAGGAGAACAUAAGGGUACAGAAGCUCCGGUUAGUCAAAAAGUUCAGAUAGAUACCUUGGAGGCUCUAAAACAAGGUGAAGACCUACCUUUUCCUCUUCUGAGGAAGUUCCCGGAGACAAGCCAAGGGGUUUUGCAGGACCCUCCCCUACAAGAUCAAAAAGCUGCUGCCGCCGAGAACAGGGACCCAACAAACCGUUCGACGUGCUGGGCUUGGGAUCCGGAAGAAGAACGCAGGCGCCAGGAACGGUGGCAGCAAGAACAGGAACGCUUACUCCAGGAAAGGUAUCAGAAAGAGCAGGAGAAGUUGAAGAAGGAGUGGGAAAAGGCGCAGAAGGAAGUUGAAGAAGAGGGACGCAAAUAUUAUGAAGAGGAACGCAAGAUCCUGGAAGAUACUGUGGUGCCAUUCAUGCUGGCUUCAAGCUCUGCAGAACCCCUGUCUACGUCAUCUUCUCUGACUGAUGGAAGCAGGACUAUGAAUUUGAUUGAUCUAAGUUACUCGGAAGACGAUAAGAAGGCAAACGAAGACGCAAAACUGAAGAUGUUAUUCUAUGAGCAAGAUGACGCAAAACAUAUGGAAUAUCAACUACGAGAAGAGAAUGCGAACGCUGUGAAUAAGGAAGAAUAUCUUGAAGGUCUGAAUUGGAGACAGAAGGAGCAAAUUCCCACCCCAGGAGACAGAUUGUCCAAGAACAUGUCUUUGCCAUUAUGUCCAGAUGUGCUGUGGAACCAGCCACGACCAGCAAGCCCUUGCAUUUCAGACACCAGACAAAAAGAUUCACAGCCAGCAUAUAAUUUAGGCCAGCCGGUCAGUUCCCCAAAAGAAGUUAAGAGGGCAGUUUCCCAAGGCAGCUCCAGAACUGGUCCAUCGUCCCCACGUUCUCCCACGGUCCAAAGCCAAUCGUCUAACAGGUCCAUCAGUGGGAAGAAGCUCUGCUCCAGCUGUGGACUCCCCCUCGGAAAAGGAGCCGCUAUGAUUAUUGAAAGCCUUGGUCUUUAUUUCCAUAUUCAGUGCUUCAGGUGUGGAAUGUGUAAGGGACAACUUGGGGACGCAGCAACUGGAACGGACGUCCGGAUCAAAAACGGCCUUCUCACCUGCAGUGAUUGUUACAUCAAAUCCAGAACUGCUGGCCAGCCAACCACUUUGUGACCCAGUUCUCAGUUCUGCAUAAGAUGUUCUCCACGGAGGACCAUCAUCCUUUGUGUCCCAAGGCUGUUUGCCACAAUGGCGUGUAAGAGCUCAAAUCCAUGGACUCCGUAGCUCUCGAACUCCCUCUUUAACCUAGAGUGGGUCGAAAAGGCCUCUUUCCUCACGUGAUCCAUCCUUUGAUUUCCUACGUUCACGUACGUUUUACAUGUAUGAAGUCUGCGGCUGCACGGUUAAGCACUUUUCCCUCCCAGCCAAGCACCUUCCAAAGUAUCGGCUCGCGCUCGAUUUUCAAAAUCCGAUAUUUUGAAAGGAAAGAAGAGGCCAUAAGCUCCUGCAUUUUUUUUCAUAUCCUAGAAGCAGAGAAUUUGAAGUUAAUGCAAACUUUGUAGAUGUUCUCUUAAUAUGCCAAUGUAUUACUUUCAUUAACUGAGUUCUUGGGAGGCGGUUGAGCAGAAGCAUAGAAAUCAACUUCUCUGUUUAUUACUAAAGAGGUAACUUUUUUUAUACAGACUAGUUUGAUAAAACACAUUGUAAUUCUGAAACCUUUUACUAAAUAUUGCCUUCCACGGAGGGUAGGGAAUUCUCUCAAUAAAUUAUUGCCCCUUCAGUCAUGCAGUCUUUGAAAAACCUAAAACCAGGGUUCUUGUAGUAACAGAUCAUCUACGUAUAAUGUUGGCAUUUUCACAAAAGCAACCUAUAAACGGUUCUCCAAAUAUCUAAUGGAUGACACCUGUUUUUUAUUUAGCUGACUUUUGCUAACUGUUUCGGGGUUUAAAACUAAGAUAAAACUCUUGUGUUUUAUUUUUACUGGGAAAAAUAAAUAUUUCCAUGCCCCUUUUGCAGUUACCCUAUAACCGUGAUGGCAAACCUAUGAUAAAUCAGUGUUGCCUGGUGUCAUCAAUCUCCACCUCCAAGUCUCAGCAGGGUCAGCUUUUGUUCCCACGGGAAAAGAGAACCACCUAGCUCCAUGAUGGUGAACCUAUGGCACGCGUGCCACAGGUGGCACGCAGAGCCAUUUGUGCGGGCACACAAGCCCCAGCCAAACUUACCUGCACUGCGCAUGUGCGUGCCUCCCAGCUGAUUUUCAGCCCAUUU